UGAGGUCCCCCUCGCUGGCGUAGGGAUUACACGAGAGGGAAAAGUCCGUCGAUGCAGCCCAGGGGUGGAGGGGGGGCGCACCACAGAGUAGGCAGCGGAGCCGGGGAAAUUGCACAGGCUCUGGCAGGCAAGUGAGGGAAAGACAAAGAGCCUGCAUUUGUGUGCCUCUGAUGAAUUGAAGCCAGCAGGAGACGGGCUCUCCUUGCAGCCAGCCCCCUCAGGACCCGGGGAAAGCCCGACGCGUGAGCCGAUCCGACGAGGUGGACAAAGAAACUCGGGUCGCUCAUGGGGAAAGGCGGGGAGCAAGGCGAGGAGAGCGGCGAGCGGGCGACCCAGAUGCCCGCUUACACUUGGGAAGAGAUCCAGAAGCACAACCUGCGCACAGACAAGUGGCUGGUGAUCGAGCGGAAGGUGUACAAUAUCACCCAGUGGGUCAGGCGACAUCCGGGGGGGCUGCGCGUGAUUAGCCACUAUGCCGGCGAAGACGCCACGGAUGCAUUCCGAGCCUUUCACCCCGAUCUCAAAUUUGUGCGGAAAUUUCUUAAACCUCUGUUGAUUGGCGAACUUGCCUCAGGAGAACCCAAUCAAGACCGAGACAAGAAUCCCCAGUUGGUGGAAGAUUUCCGUGCCCUAAGAAAAACAGCAGAGGAUAUGAACUUAUUCAAAGCCAGUCCUGUGUUUUUCUCCCUUUACCUGGGUCAUAUUCUUGUGAUGGAAGCUCUGGGUUGGUUAAUGGUUUCCUACUGUGGUACUAGCUGGAUCACAACCUUAAUUCUUGCUGUCAUCCUUGCAGUCUCUCAGGCCCAGGCCGGAUGGCUACAGCAUGACUUUGGACACCUCUCUGUAUUUAAGAAGUCUAUGUGGAAUCAUUUAGUCCAUAAGUUUGUGAUUGGUCACUUAAAGGGUGCCUCAGCAAAUUGGUGGAAUCACCGGCACUUCCAGCACCAUGCCAAGCCAAACAUCUUCAAAAAAGACCCAGAUGUGAACAUGCUGCAUCUCUUUGUUCUGGGAGAUACACAGCCGGUUGAGUAUGGAGAAAAGAAACUGAAGUAUUUCCCUUAUAACCAUCAACACAAAUACUUCUUUUUUGUUUUCCCACCUCUCCUCAUUCCAGUUUAUUUCCAAAUGCAAAUCUUCAUGACCAUGUUCAGACACAAAUUCUGGGCGGACCUAGCCUGGGCCUUCAGCUAUUACAUACGUUACUUCAUCACAUAUGUCCCGUUCUAUGGAUUUCUGGGAUCCUUGUUUCUUCUCACCUUUGUCAGGUUUAUGGAAAGUCAUUGGUUUGUUUGGGUCACACAGAUGAAUCACAUUCCAAUGGAAAUUGACAGUGAGAAGCACAGAGACUGGCUCAGUGCUCAGUUGGCGGCUACCUGCAAUAUCGAGCAGUCCUUUUUCAAUGACUGGUUCAGUGGGCAUCUGAACUUUCAGAUUGAGCACCAUUUGUUCCCGACAAUGCCACGCCAUAACUACUACAAGAUUGCCCCACUAGUGAAGUCACUGUGUGCGAAGCAUGGAGUUACUUAUGAAGAAAAACCUCUAAUGAAAGCAUUUGCAGACAUCGUUGGGUCCCUCAAGAAAUCUGGAGCACUUUGGUUGGAUGCCUACCUCCAUAAAUGAAGCUGGAUUUCAAUUUGGGGGGGUUGUGCUAGCAAAGGGGAGGGCUCGGGGUUCACAUGUGUAUUCUUAAUGUCCAAUUUCAGUCUGUAUCUGUGUGCACAUGUGGAGGGGAGUUUCCUGUCUUGUGAAAGUGAUGCUGGGGUGGGUUUAGGGGCCCUGUUUAAAACCAGGGAGGGUUUCAGAUAUGUCUUUAGAGGAUUAGUUGAAAAUGCUGAUCUAAACACAUGGAGGCUGAAAAUUGUUCCUUUGGUUGGGGAGGUCUUCUGUUUUGUGAAGAGCAGAUGAGAGAGAGAAGGAGAAAGAGGCUGGAGUGACUCUCCCAUCCCUCUUCUUAAGACUUAUGGUAGUAGCCCCAUCCCAUGUUCUCAGGUAAUUGGUUCACACGCAGAAAUACAAAGGAACAGGCCCACUUCAGAUAAUGUGUUUGAACUGGAGAAAACACAAGGAGCGUUACUGUCGCCUUAAAAAAAACCCUUAAAUCAGCUCAGGCCCUGCCCCCCUUAAUAAUGCUGGUACAAGAGGAGAAGGGACAAGACAAUAUACAUUUAAUAAUACUCAUAAAAUAUUUAUUAUUUGUGGAACCACCUAAAACUUUAAAAAAGAAACUCUAGGCAUUGUAUGAAACACUUAAAGAAGAGACUAUGCCCAAAGGGCAUAGAAGGUAAUUGGAGCUGUGUGUAUGUGUGUGCUCUUGCUCUUUUUCCACCUCCACCUCUCUCUACAAGGGGGCUGCAAGAUUUGCAAUGCCCAUUCACACUGGACAUCACCCUCAUCCAGUUAGGGGCUACACAUGUAUGAAGGCAGGCUUUCAUAUUCAUAUCUCUGACCGGAUGGGGGAAUCAUGCAAACAAAUAGCUGUGAUGUACAUGAAUCACCAGCCAGGCAGUGCACCUGCAAUCUCUGGUGUUAUUCCCAACCAGCUGUUCAGGACGGGGAGCAGGGGACUGAAUGUGGUUCUCCACCACUCAUCCUUGCCUGAACACUUGGCUGAUGCUUUAUAGAAUCCUUCACCAGGGCUGUGUUCCAUUUGUAGCCCCAAAUUAUAAAGGCUUGGGAUGAAUCAGAAAGUGAUAUUUGCUUCAGCAGGGGACUUGCUUUAAAGAUUAAGACUUAAUUCUGGACCCAUUACUAGCAAUAGGGUUUUUAGUAAAUCGUGUACAGCAUUCUCAUAAUGAGUUAAGAACAAACUACCAUCAAUGAUUUCCUUUUCCUUUUCUCUUAGCUCAAGCCUGAUUUACUAAUUGAGGCUCUCCUCUUUAAGGACUAUGCCUCUUGUGUUCUGUUAAAAGUAUUUUGCCAGGGAUCACUGCAGUAAUUGCAUUUCCUUGACAGCAAGCCUGGUGAGGGUUUUCUCUAAAAGCAACCGCUCCCUUGUCCAGCUUUGCUCUAAGUCUGUUGCAUUGGCAGCUGAGCACAAAUGUUUUCUGACUUUAUUCCUUAUGUGAAAUUCCACAGACUCUAAGAAAUAUUUUUUGGAAAUAUUUGGUUCAUUUGAUAUAAGAAGUUGAAACAGUAGAUAGUAGCUCUGUACACAUGACCUGUCUGCAUGCUGACUGAAUGCUAGAAGAGCAAGUGCAAGUGCAUUAGCCCCACCUCUGUAUGACUGCCAGCUCGUGGGCAUGGCACUUGUACUUGGAGAGGAGGUGCCUGCACAUAUGUUCCCUCUCUGUGAUUGGCAGUGUUUAAAAAGCAGCCCUAUGGCAUGUUUGCACCAUGUAGAUGACCCAGCAGUCAUUCAAGGAUAAGCACCAUGCUCAUGCCCGCUCUCCCCUCUGCCUGCACACUCAGUCAAUGCAUGGAGGGAUCAUAUGUAGAGGACUUGUGAUGAGUAGAAUUCAUUUAUUUGCAAGGCAUGUGGCUCACUUGAUACAAAAUUUGCCAAAUCCAUACAAAGAUGGAAAUGACCAUAGCUGGCUAGGCCAUUUUUUCCCAUCUAGGUGGUGGCCUGUUGCUUAGAAUAAUCAAAGCUUAGAAUUUCAGGAGCAGAGGUGCAUUUAAUAGUCCCACUGGUAGACAAAAUGUGGACAAAAUAAGAAGCUCUUGGCUUGUCCUUUUCGGUCACAACAGUAAGGUUUCUCUGUGGACAUUGUUAACUUCUUUGAGUCUUGCUAAGUUUUUGAUCUUUCUAAGCAAAUCUUUUGAUCUUAGAAUGGUCUUGUUGAUCAUUUUAAGCAGAGUACCACCUUUAUAAAUCUAUUGAAGUCAGUGGGCUUAGAAGAAUGUAACUUUGCUUAGGACCAUACUGUUAGAGUGUCUUUAUACCUGAGGCUUAAUUGCUUUUGAGUCUCUCUUACACUAUUUAUGUUAACAUUCAGUUGUUGUGAAUGUGGAAGAAAGACUGGAGGAGAAUCAUUUGUAAAGCAAACAAACCUAUUAACCGAUAUCAGUUUUACAUUAUCAUUGCAGAACUGAUUAAAUCAAAAAUGGCCUUCAUCUACUGCACCCAACUGCAUGUCAUUUGAAAAAAGUAGUUCCUCAGGCCACUCUUAAGAAAGUAGACCAAGUGGUUCACUCAUAUAUCCUUACACCUCAUAUUGAAUGGCUUCUUUCAAUCUACCCAAUUGUACAAAUGAUUUCAGUGUAUCUAGUGUAUUUUUAUCCUGCUUUACUCCAAGGAGCUCAGGAUCACAAGAAAAGGUUCUCCCUUUUCUACUUUAUCCUCAACAACUCUGUGAGGUAGGUUAGGCUGAGGGUGAGUUACUAAUAGGAAUUUGAACUCAGUUCUCUCAGAUCCUGGUCUGACACUUCUAUGUACUAUACCACAUUGAUCUGGUUCACUAGUGCUGCCUCUGAUUCCACAUUUCCCAUUAAAAAGGAACGCCAUCAAAAACUGGCUGAGACCUUCUUCAGGCCUUUUAACAUAAUAGCUUUCUUAUACAUAUGAAGAAUCCCAGACUUCUGGAGAACAAACUUGAGCAAACUAUGUGGUUUCAAUGAUCACCAAUAGGGCUGGCAUCAAUUUCUGUGACUGUGAUGGGGGGGAAAGAUCAUCUGCUACAUUUCUACUGGACAUGACUGGAAUUGCCCAGAUCAAGCAUAAUGCAUUAAUUAGAAUGCUGAACUUGAACUGGAGCAGACCUGUGUUCAAACCCUACUCAAUCAUCCAAUUCACUGGGUGAUCUUGGCCUAACAUACCUAGCAUAGUGGUUGCCAUGUAGCGGGGGAGAGAAUAAUCCCAAGUAUACUAACCUUGGAGAAGGGCAGGAUACAAAUGAAAUAAAUAUGCCCAUGACAACUCUGAUGUAACAACAGUUUGAUUACGUUUGAGACAUGCAGUUUACAAGGUUUCUGGGACCUUCUUCAUGUGUCCUAUACUUCUGUUUGAAUGGUAUAAAAUCCAACACAUCUAUUUACACAAGUAAUUACUAAACUGAAUCCCUCAGCAUGCAGUGUAAUUUUGGAUCAGCCAUUCAUAUUUAGAUGUUAAUAAAUUAGAUUACAAUUGAAUUUGCUCCUAACACCUAUUCAGUGCCUCUGAAUAUUUGACAGGGAAUAUAAAUGUUACUUGCCACUGUGUACCUUGAUAUCACAGCGGUGACUUUUGAUCACACUUCCCCCCCCCCCAUGUUGUUCCUACUGUGGCUUGUGGAACUCUGGUUCCAGAAUUAAUAGGAACAUUACAUAUUUGGUAACCUACUUAGACAACAUAGGAAAUGACAAGAUAACAUGACAAUUGUGAUUAACACAAUGGCAUAUUGCCUUAAUCUUUCUAGGCAUGACCCAGCCAAAACUAAGUAUUGUUAAAUUCCACUGAUUUAAACGUAAAAGAUUUACAGUGCAAUCUUGAAUAGAAUUACACCCUUGUAAAUCCGUUUAAAUCAAUGAGUUUAGAAGGGUGUAGCUCUGCUUAGGAUUGCAUUAUUAAACACAGAGCUGAAUCCAACCAGCUUUUUUACUGGUGAAACAGAUCCCCCUUAAACCACCAAAAAGCUAUGCGGGCAAUCAUAAGACCUGUAUAGACAAAUGUCUUGUGGGAUGGGGACCUGUAAUAAGGAGGGGAAUUGGGAAGGAUUGGGCAAACAAACAGCCCUGGUGGGAUCUAAAUCAUGAUUACCUAUUCCAUUGAAAUCCAUGGAACAUGUAAGUGCUUAAUUUUAGCUGAGUCAUUCCCUCAGUCUCUCUCUGGUUCUGUGAAUGUAUUUUACUUUCUCUGCUCCAGCAGGGAAAGAAUAGAAGUACUGUAGCAUCACCUAUGCAAUCUUCCAAGCAGGCAGCUCACUUGAUCUCAAGUCUUUUGAUAUUUCUCCCCUUUCUUCUUUGCAGUGGUUCCAGAACAAAUUGUCUCUAUCAUGGUUGCAGCUUUAUACCAGGUUUGGGCCGUCCAACCUCCUUGCAGUCCUUGUUGGGAUUUUUUAAUAUUUGCUUAGGCGUGCCCCAAGGACCUCCAGAAAACUUGGGAUUCAGCCAGUCUUUCUCCAGUCAGUAGCCUUAUUCUCAUCAGUUCAUGGAAAAGUUUACAAUGAGUGUACUAUUAAAAAAUUCAUGUCUAUAGGAGACUGUGCACUACCACUGCCUCUAGGAAGUGACAGUUGCCUCUCCUGGUAGCUGUAGAAACUUCAAGCAUUACUGUUUGACACAAACAACAAUGUUGCUGGGACAAUCCAUAGAAGUAGGGGCCAGUAUGUAGCUGUAAUAAGCAAUUAUUUCACUGAAAAUGUAACAAGUCCUAAAGAGAACAAUAUGGGGACAGGAAAGUGCCUCAGAAAAAAUCUUUCCUCUCUCAACUAAGACAAGUCCAGUGGCUGUUUUUCAUUCUAAUCACAGAGAUGUUCAGGGGAGGGUGGAUCUCAGUAAUUGAAAUAAAUGUUAGUUUUUGCAUUUAGGAAAUAUCUGAGUAUUCUUUUUUCUUCCUUUUACCCCAGGGGAUCAGAUCAAUGACUAAGUCUGUAGUCCGUGUAUUUGUGGGUAAACUCAAAUGUAGUUGUGUCAAUUAGGUAUUUUUACAUCAGAUUAACCUUUCAAACCAUUCCCAAUGAAAUUAUACUUUGAAAGCAUAAAAUAUUCUUGCCUGUGCUCACCUACAUGUAUACAAAUAAUAUGUGUUUGAAGCAAGCUGGUGAAUUUUAUUAUUCCAAAUGAAAUACAUAUCUUUACUUUCUCUAAUUUCAAAGUCUUCCACUUGGACAAAGUGGUAUUCUGAGGAGCAGAAGUUCAGCAGACUAACGUUAGGGUGGACCAAAAUAAAUUCAUAGUGACAUAAGUCAAGAACUCUGUGUGUGUGCGUAUGUGUACACAUAACUUCCACAAUGAAUUUGAUAACUAGACUGCCUAUGCAGUUUGCCAAAAAUAAUAUCAUUAGGUGAUUGUGUAGAUUUUUGGUAUCAAAGCUAUUUAGAAACUCAGUGCUUUCACAUGGCUUCACCAUUAAAAUUUCAACUGGAUUAGAGUAUGCUUUUAUAAACACUGACAUUCCUCUCUCUCUAGUUAAGGUAUACUAUGUUGCUGUUAUCUUGAAUACUUUCCUUUAAACUUGUUUAAGGAGAAAAAAUAAGUGGAAUAUCUCUGCUAGAUACUAGCCAUUUUGUUAGGCAAUGAAGUGUUCCAGGUGAUAUUCUAAAAGCAAAAUAAAGGGUGUAUUGUGGAAACUAGCAGUUGGAAAGUUUCAAAUGGAAGCAAGUAUCAAGAGAGACUCUGGAACAUUUUUUAAAGCAAGUCAAAGAAAGUGUGAUGAGGAAACGGGACCACAUGAGCCAGUUGAGAUGUGGAAGACCUACGAAUGGAUCUUUCCAAUGUUUUCUACAGGAAAUAACCACCCAAGGCCCCAAACUGAGGGUAUAGUGCAGACAGUGGGCUGACUCUUCUCCCCCAAAACUGAUGUCCCAGGCUAUUGCAGGGCUAAGUACUACUAGGAUGGGUCAGUUUCAAGUGGUGAAACCGAGCUGGUAAGGGUUAAGCCCCUUUGGCCACUGUGCCAUGGCCCUGAUCCAAAACAGGGUCCCACACAAUUGCCAUUUCCUUUAAAAGCAUUAAGAAGAUCCAGGGCUUUUUUUCAACUGGAACGUGGUGGAACGGA